UUUUUGUUGGGGGUUAGAAGCAGGAGAAGGUUUAGCGUAACCUUGAUUGUGCCUAGUUGUCAGCAAUCGGUACAAUGGUGUGUAUGUUGCUUCUUUUAUGCCUGACAUACUUUUUUCUCUUCCUUCUCUUCCUGUUGGAAUCGGAAGCUGUUUGACAAGGAGGAUGACGAGAGGCAUUUUUCAUGGUCGGGGUUUCUUUUUUCUUUCGCAAACCCCGCCCCGCUCGAUGCGUACACAUAAAUAGAGCUCGUUCGACAUGGUUUCCCUCCCCCGCCGAUAUCUUGUUUCUCCCGCCCAAUUUCUAACCCACAAAGAUGGACCGUCGUUACUGCCUUGCUAUUUUGCUUUUCAUUACCCUUCCGUUUGUCUUUGCUCUUCCAGCCAGCAACCUGCAAGCAAAACAAAGGCCACCAAAACGCUUCAUCGUUCAUGGCUCGACACUCAGUGACACUGGCAAUGUUUGGAAGCUCACCAACAAGACAUUUCCUCCCGACACAUACCACUUUGGUCGAUUCUCUGAUGGCCCCAUAUGGGCAGAAUUCCUUUCCAUGAUUACAAAUAUCAAAGUUCGGAGCACAGCGUACGGCGGUUCGACGACAGAUAAUGCCUUCAUCCAGGGAUUUGCCAAGGAAUUUCCGGUCCCCAGUCUUGCCGACCAGAUUGCGGGGACGAAAAGAUACAAGAGCAAGGAGAUUGUGUUUGUCUGGUCUGGCGCAAAUGAUGCCUUCCAGACUUGGUUCAAGAAUUACAAAAAUGUCACUGGGGAAGAAUCAGCCGCCAAUAUUGUAAAGAGCGUCAAACAAAUCCGUGACAAACGUGCACGAGAAAUCGUAGUCUUUAACCUUGACCCUCUGUACCUCUCACCCACUUUUGCCGCACUCCCCAAAGACGCCUACGACUUUUUCAAAACCUUUGUCACGUCCUUUAACAGUGCACUCCAAAAAGCCGAUUUUUCGUCCCUCAAAAAAUCAAAUGUGCGGAUUUUCAACGUACACGAUUUUAUUAUUGACACUGUGUUUCCCCAAGCCAUGAACACGACUGGGUACUGCUUGACCAACCAGGGUGGAUGUGGAGAGGCAUGGCAAUACGUUUACUGGGACUUUGAUGGGCAUUACACCAGCUGGGUGCACUCUGAAAUCGCAAAUGAGAUGAAAAAGUUUCUUGGAUUAUAAAGGCUGCAUACAGCGCCUCCCUUGUAGAAAGUAAAGUAUGUACUUAAGAAAGGUGUGCGUUUAAAUAUACGGUGCUAGAUACAGA